UGGAGGAUAAGGUUUAUCCGAGUCAAGAUUCGUCUUUCUCUUUUGGACUAUUAUUUUAUAAGAGUUGAAUCGAAAUUACGUGGUUUAGGUUUAUUGCGUGGCUGCCUCAGCGCUAGUUUGAUUCAGUUGCUGUUGUGUGGUUCAAAGGAAUUUUUAUUAAUGCGCCCUCGUAUAUUUGUGCGUGCUCAUUUAGGUUAUGCCAAAAGAACCGUCGUGGUAUCUUUGGUGUAUAACUAGAAAACAUGAGUCAUAAUUGUUUGAAGCUCGAAAAUUAGUCUCAUUUGUAUAGCACUGCCGUCAAUACUAAAAUUUUAUAGUCAACAAAAGUGAUCACCGACAUUCCCAAUAAAAUUAGCCUUAUGUAGUUUAUUAUGAAUGUUGCCUGUAAUCUUUUGCGCUAAGGGCGUGAAGGGUGAGAUGUACACCUUUAGUUUUUUUUAUAUAAAGCUCUGAAUUUUGACGGUAUUCUUAAACAAAUUACACCGUCCAGAAAUGAGUUCCAUCAAGGGACGCCCUCGCUCUUGCGAGCUCAACCUAACUAUCAUCGAGGAAGAAGGUCAGUACAACGAGUCUCGCCGGAAGGGUACCUUCGAAGCUGUGCGGUUGGCGGCAGUGCAACGACGGUUUAGCUCUCCGCCAUCGAUGGGCGAAAGUUCCAGUGCGUCCAUUUGCGAUGACAAAGCAAUGUAUGGCUGGUGCUCUGUUAAAACAAAGGGUACUGAUGGCCAGCGCCCUCUUAUCAGACGCACAGGUAUCAGUGAUCGGUGGCAGCGCAGUUUGAGUGUGGAUGAUUGUAAAAACCGCUCGCACCGAAGGUCUGAGAGGAUUUGGGAAAAGGAGUCGGGCAAAGAGAAAAUGAGCCAAUUGCUUUCUUUCUAUCGCCUUCGGGAGAUGGAUAAUAGCCUUGCCAAAGAAGGCACAGACGCUAUUGGGGCACCAGUCGAAAGGGACGAACGGACGAAAACGUCCCCUCGGAUAAUGUCCGUCGACGAAAUGGAGGACAUGGCCGACCUGAGGGCAAGUCUAAUCAGGUCCUCCACUGCGGAAGAAGGGACUCGCUCUGCCAACUAUGCGUCCUCCAGAAAAGGCAAAGGUACUACGUACGACUCGACCUCGUUGUCGUCGUCGAGUAGUGCCGAAGGACAGUCGAAGGACAAGGGGACAAAGAACAGGAUGUCGGUUCCUAUCCUUUCCAAAGUGUCAGCCACCCUGAAAAACGUCUUUUCCGAGAGGGAGACGAGCAUGUCGGCGGACUUCUACUCUCUGUCGUACUCGGACGAACCCAUAGCUCAAAGAGCUACUUGGUCAACUGAUGAAAGAGUGAGCUCCCCCAUUCCACAAACUCGGCGAGCUGUCAAUGGUUUAAGACAGUGUGAUUCGCUCGAAAAUGUCUGCGAUUCGAAUCACGAUGACCAGAUAGAGAAUGGACUUGGUUUGGCGGCGCAACCAGCCGCGGCCAAUGCCCUGUCGUUGCCUCACAUUCACCAACUAUCGGAUUAUGAUGAGGACAACACCAACAACGAUUCCCCCACAGAGAACGACCCUGAACAAGAAGUCAAACCCACGUGA